AUGUCCGGCCGCGGGAAGCAGGGCGGGAAGGCGCGGGCCAAGGCCAAGUCGCGCUCGUCGCGGGCCGGGCUGCAGUUCCCCGUGGGCCGCGUGCACCGGCUGCUGCGCAAGGGCAACUACGCGGAGCGGGUGGGCGCCGGCGCCCCGGUGUACCUGGCGGCCGUGCUGGAGUACCUGACGGCCGAGAUCCUGGAGCUGGCGGGCAACGCGGCCCGCGACAACAAGAAGACGCGCAUCAUCCCCCGCCACCUGCAGCUGGCCAUCCGCAACGACGAGGAGCUCAACAAGCUGCUGGGCAAGGUGACCAUCGCGCAGGGCGGGGUGCUGCCCAACAUCCAGGCCGUGCUGCUGCCCAAGAAGACCGACAGCCACAAGGCUAAAGCCAAGUGAUCACAUCUAAGACUAAUCAGGAAACAAAACAAGAUAAAAGGCUCUUUUCAGAGCCGCCCACAACAGUCAUAAAGGGUUGAAACAGCAAAGAGCAACUCAGUUCUAGUGAAUGCAGGGAAAAACUUGUAAUCUGUUUUUUUUCUUAAGUGUUUGCCUUAACUAUGCUGUUCUUUGUUCCUGCCUGCCUAGUUUUUGUUUAUGGAGGUUGUUUUAUUAAUACUAAAUCUUAAAAAAAAAAAAAUGGGCUGAUAUACCGAGAGAUUCAAUUUAGUUGCUUCUUGGUUUUUUUAGAUUUUUUUAUUUUUAAUAACAUUUUGAUGCUUUGAGGAAGUCUAGGCUUUUUUAACGUGUUAACAGUGUUAAUUCCUUUUUUGUAUGAUAUUGGAGUAAACAUUGUGCCUCCUAGUAAGCCAACUCUGCUUUGCUCUAAGUGCUCUAUGCAGUAUUUAUUAGAAGGCGAAAUAAACCGAAGUCUUU